GUUCCAAAUCCUCAAGUUAAAUUGCAAGUCCUUCAAAAUAUCACGUAGUUUGUUUUAGUUAAGAUAACAUCUUGUCUGACAAACUUCAAAUCAAAACGAAAUUUCAAAUCACAUUUACUGAUUGGAACAUUUACCACGGAUGUAUAUACAAUUGUGUUGAGUAAACUUCUUGAGAGGCCUAUCCAGAUAUACCAUGACAUAUAACGUGACAGUUAAUUGGAGUAUAAUAGUAAAUAAAACUUAUAAGAGCAGCGUAGAAAUGAUAGAUGAAAAGGGUCUGAAAUGGAUAUCCUUGAUUAUUCUCCUUGGAAUAAUAUUUCUAAAUAUAUUGGUGGUAGUGUUAUUAGUAUCAAGAAAACCAAAAUCUAGAAUGAGAUUUUUUGUGGCGAACUUGGCAAUUGCAGGAAAACUAUACCGAUAUGGAUUGGCAAUGUCCUCAUGGAUGAUUGGAUGUAUCCUUGCAAUUCCUUACGGGGUCUUUGGUACAUAUAACGAAGAAGAGGUUUACUGCUCACAUGAGGCGCCAAGCUUAGUGAUGUUAUACUUGGAUCUGUGUACUAUAAUCAUAAUUCCACUGUUGAUUAUAAGUGUGUGCUACAUAAUUAUCAUUAUCAAACUUUGUGAACGAAAAAGAGGUGAAAUUAUUCUAGAUAAAGAUUCAGAUGAUGAUUGUGAUAUAGAUGUCAAACAUCAAGCUACAACAAAGGCAAAAGUCAGAACUAUCAAACUAGUAUGUGUUGUCUUUUUAGAUUUCAAUGUUUUGAAGAAGUAUUUGCGAGAAAAGAAACAGUUAAAGCACUAUGCAAUUUUACAAGCCGAUAAGAUUAUCAUAGUCCGAUGGAACCGUGCAUGUACUCUAACACAUUAGUGCUGUCUUAUUCGAAUAAUUGUGGUGGGAAGAGACUCGCUACGGUUUUGAAAAUAGUCAUAUACUAGGACAUACAGGGAAAUUUGAGGUAUAUGUACCUGCAAUGGCAGAAAGGGCAUACCAUUUCAGUUAAGCAUACAUUAUGUGUUGGUCCCCAAUUACAAUUGCAGCCAUUAUGCUUCAUCAUAAUCUCGCACACUAUGGACUGUGGUUUAUUGUACUGUAUAUGCUUGCUCCGUUAAACAGCCUGGUAAAUCCACUGGUGUUUCUGAUUUUCAACCAGAAAAUGUUUCGGCGGAAAAAGAAAAAGGGUUUUAGCAGAACUACUUUUGAUGCAGAAACUCUGAGAGUAACAUUUUGCAGCUAAAUGAACACUGAUUAUGAUCAAAUACAUGAUGUGUGCUUGCUUGAGUUGUUGCAGUUUAUAGGGCAAUCUUGGUUUAAUCGUUAUUUAUAGCUUUUUUAUUGCGAAUAUGUUAGUUACGCACAUUAAAUAAUUAAAGUAAAAUUUCUACGUAUGAACCUAUUUGUAUAAUGACUAUUAAAAUGAAGAUUUUUAAAUACA